AUGUAAGCGACUGUUUUAGAUCGACCCAACUCCUCCGAACACACCACGUCGCUCGCGGUCCGUCCCUCCCCGCACCCACAGCCAGGUAGGAGAAACUUUCCCGCUGACGUCAUCGUGUUCAGUCACUUUGGAAAAUCCGGAAACCGCUGGAUGUGAGGGAGAAGUGAAGCGGUGGUCAGAGGGGGUCGCAGCCAUGGCCGAGUCCCAGCUGAGGUGCAUGGAAGACGGCCACAUCGGGGUCAAGAUCCCGGACACCAAACCGGAGUUCUACUACAGCGAAGAGCAGCGCGCUGCGAUCGAGGAGCUGCUGCGAAGUGGAGACGGCGCCUUCAAAACUCGGCUGAGGGAGGAUGAAGUCACCGACUUUCUGUCAGCCCGGGAGGUCCGGCUGCUGCAGAACACCUUCAAGAAGUACGAGUGUCUGGAGCAUGAGAGCGGCGCGGCCGACAGCAGGGCUGACGCGGACUCGGGGCUUCACUCCACAUACUGGCCCCAGAUGUCGGACACCGAGGUGCCGCCUCUGGAUCUCGGCUGGCCCAGCGGGGGGUUCUUCAAAGGCGUUACCCGGGUGACGGUGCACACACAUCCCCCGAAAGAAAACGGGCCUCACAUCAAGGAGGUGGUCCGGCGCCUCAUCCAAGAAGCCAACAAGGUGAUCGCUGUGGUGAUGGACUUGCUGACAGACGUCCAUAUCCUGCAGGACCUGAUGGACGCCGCCCACCGUCGCUCCGUCCCUGUCUACAUCUUGAUCGAUGCCCAGGCCGUGCCGCACUUCCUGGACAUGUGCUCCCGGCUGAAGAUGGGCGCGCAGCACCUCCGGAAUAUUCGAGCCAGAACUCUGCGGGGAAUCGGCCUGCACCUGUCUUUCGGUCGACUGCCUGGCUCGCUCUGUAACAAGUACAUGCUGGUGGACGGGGACAAGGUCAUGUUUGGAUCCUACAGUUUCUCCUGGUCGUCCGCUCGCAUGGAUCGGAACAUGAUCACCGUCAUGACAGGGCAGGUGGUCGACUUCUUCGACCAGGACUUCCGGGAGCUUUAUGCCGUCUCGGAAAAACUGGAUCUCUUCAAGGAAUUCCACAUCAACGCAGCUACCGCAAGCACGACCUCAACACUGCGGUCUAAAGUCGGACCCAAGCGGCCGCCUUUACCCGCCACCACUUCCCGCUUCCAGGUCAGCUUAGGAGACUCCCGCAACGCCGAAAUUCAGGUCCCUGCGCACAAAUACUACAACCCCAAGUACUCACUGGUGUUUGGAGAUGCAGCACAGCCGAGCGCUUUUCCCACACCGAAGAAACAGUCCGUCCUGGCUAUUCCGGAAGAGUCGGAAAGCGAGAAACUGGACAGACUGACUCCACUUCCCACCGACGGGCCGAGCGAAAUCUUUAGGAACACAGGAACGAAAAAGGAGAAGAAGACUUGGAAGCAGAGACUCUCCAGAAAGAAGUCGUCCAGCAAGCUGUCGGUGAACAGCAUGGCGGAGAGCACCACGCAGUCGACGGCGGAAAUCAUCCCGGACCAAAUGGAGGAUGACUUUGUGGUGGUGCCCAAAAACGAGUCCAAACGAAAGUCCAGACGGGAGAAAAAGACGAGUUCAACUGAAACUGUGAACACGGCUCAAGACAGCCAAAGUGUGAGGAGCGGACAUCACAAAAAGACCUGCACUGUUUCCUGAAACACAUCCUCCUUUUUUUUUUUACCUCCAAAAAGAGCCAUAGACGCCUUUUAAGACUAAAUGAAUGUGGACGUCUGACGUGACUUUGAUGAAUUUGAAGAAGUAUUUCCUGUUUUCUUUGUGCGUGAAAGAUGACACCGAUGACUUCCUGUUUCAUAGGUGGCUUUUUCUAAUUUAUUAUUCUUUCAUUCUUCAGAAUCAAGAAGUGAAUCAGCUGUCCGGCAAAAAAAAACACGGUUUCAUAAUCAAAAUUGCCUCCAAAAUCAGUGUGCAUUGUUUCAUAAACAGGAUCUUGUGACGUCAUUUUUAAAAGCGUCUUUAGUGCGCAGCUGUGUAGAGGACAGUAUGAAUGAUUUGGCCACCAGGGGGCACUCGCAAGGGCUACAAUUCCUGGUUGAACAACCACCAGGCAUUUUGACGGACAGGUGCUGAAGCCAGAUAAGGGC